UAAUAAAAAUCCUGUUGCCAUUUACAAUUAUUAGAAAAAACACUUUAGUUUAAUAAAGACUUAUUAUUAUAGUUUUAUAAAUAGUGAUCAUGGAAAAUUGUGAAAACUCUUCGGACAUGAAAGUAACAUAUGACCCUGGUUGGAACGACCCGCCGAGUUUUGCCUACAACUCAAGUCAGCAAACGACGCCCAAUCGACCUAGGAAUUUCCUAAAUAAAAGAGUGGCUUUCCCUUUAUCUGGUAACAGUACCACUGCAAUAACUGCUCCUUCGUUUAAUUUACCCCCGAUGCCCACAACUUUGCUACCUCCUAUGCAGAAUAUUUCUUUAGAAGCAAAAUCUCAAGAAGAUAUUGAAAUAGAUAGUGCAAGUCUACUGAAAGAAGUCAACAAUAUUUUAGUUGGUCUACUUGAGUCCAGCCACGAAUUGGGAGCAAAAGCGGAGAGCAUUAAGAAGAAAAUAGGAAUAAUGGAAGAAAUGUGGUCAAGUGGGAAAUUAAAUAAACAAAUACAAAUCCAGAUGAAAGACCUAGCAUGUGCUUUAAGAGAUCACAAUCCUGGUAAAGCAGAUGACAUUCACAAAGCUCUUAUGGUGGAUCAUGUAAGCUGCAUUUCCACCUGGAUGCCAGGAGUCAAGCAACUCAUCUACCACUGUAUUGCACGAAGUGAACUAUUAGCAAUAGAUAAAGAGUAAUUAUAUUUACAAAAAUAUUCUGGCCCCAUUGAAACUAUGCUUUUUGGGCAUGAACUAUGAAGUUGUCAUGUUUAUGAUUUCUUGUUUACAUUACUUAUUUCAACUUGCACACAUAUACUGACACUGAGUAUAUAAUUUACAGACAAUAAUAUACUCAAAACGUCAGAAAAUAAUUUUUCUAUUUUUAACCAUUACAAGUUAGCUCUUGGCUGCAAUGUAACCUGGUUUUAAGUAUUGAUGCAAUCUUAGAUGGUAGCCAGCUAAACUGUUAGAAUUAUAGCAGAUUUAUCAAACCCUAGUAGUUUUCUAUGAGAAAUUGUACCAAAACAGUAAAUUGCUUGCCAACUGUCUUCGUGGUAACUAGACCUUUGGCGUACCACCAGUUUUUUUUUAAAAGUUUUAUAACAGUUUCAUUGUUUGAUAAAACCAUACCUUAACCAUACCAUAUAUGGAGUAUGGUCCAUCCCUUUAAAACCAUUGUUAGAAAUUGCCUGCCAUAAGUUUACAUAUAAUCUAGCUAGUGAAACAUAGAGAAACCGUGUUGUUUGUAACCGCAAGUAUUAAUAUAGGUGCUAGAUACAUGAAGCCUUGAAAAGUGGAAGUGUUAUUUUUGGAUUUAUCAAGCCUAGUCACAAAGGUGAUUUAGUGUUAAGUUAAAAGAGUGUUAUAUAAAAGUAUAAUUAAAUGUAAUAUGUAGAAUUUUAUUUUAAGUUGAUCACUAUCAGGAUAUUGGCUGGUCCAUUACUGGUUAUCAUCAUUAAUGUAUGAAAUAUGAUGAAUAAAAACCAUUGAGCUUUUAUGUAUUACAAACUAGAGCAGUUAUGUCAAACAAGAACUAUGGAUAUGGUAAUGGUCACAUGGGACACAAUAAUAAAAAUAGGCCUUGUAACUUAAUGUAAUGAUUCAAUGUACAACAAUUCUUGACACAUGAAGUAUCAGAGACUCUUUGACAUACUUCUUGUCAGUUUUAAAAGUUUAGAAUGCUGUCUCCAGUAUGUAAUACAUUCUUACUCAAACUAAAUAAAAAAAACCAUUUAUGUAUUGUUUU